CUGACGUUUAAGCAUAGAAAAUAUAGUACUAACGUAUAUUUUCUAUGCGUUUAAGUCAAAGUCUGUCGACUACAUUCUACAUUCCUCGUUUUAAAAUUUAUAUUUGCAUUUCUAAUUUACAAGUUUUUUUACGGUAAUAAUUUUCGUCUCUUACCUCAUUUUUGACCAACAAUUGACCAAUCUUUAUGUAAAUUUAAAAUUUUAUAUUCGAAUAUCUAAUUAAAACAAUUUUCUUAGAAUACAUGAAGUGCAGUGUUUGUUAAAUUGUUUACUUUAACUAUUUAAUCAGUUUGACCUACUUUUUCGGCGAAAAGUGUAGUCCAUUGCAAUGUCUUCUAUUCAAGAUAUAUACAAAAAACAGAAGACAUGUAUGCAAGUGGCGACAAAUGUUACUGAACAGAAGCAUCAUGUGUCUAGAGCUAAACGGGGACAAAUCCUAGGCCACCUUAGAGGCUUUCGAGGUUGUACUGUGUGGUUUACAGGAUUGUCGGGUGCAGGAAAAACGUCUAUCGCUUUUGAACUUGAGGCUUACUUAGUUUCUCAUGGUAUACCCGCUUAUGGUUUAGAUGGCGAUAACAUGAGGACAGGUCUCAAUAAAGAUUUAGGAUUCACGAAACAGGAUCGUGAAGAAAACAUCAGACGAGUAGCUGAAGUAGCUAAGCUUUUCGCCGAUGCCGGACACGUGAGUCUUUGUAGUUUUGUAUCUCCCUUUGCCGAAGAUAGAGACGUGGCAAGGCGUAUUCAUAGAGACAGCGACUUGCCAUUUCUUGAGGUAUUCGUAGAUACUCCGUUAGAGGUUUGUGAACAAAGAGAUACCAAAGGGUUAUAUCAGAAAGCUAGAAAGGGUGUUAUAAAAGGAUUUACUGGUAUAGAUCAGCCAUAUGAGACCCCAGAGCACCCUGAAUUGGUUGUUAAAACGGUUAAUUGUACUAUUGAUGAGUCUACCAUGCAAGUUGUAGAACUGCUACAGGAAAAUGGAAUCAUUCCUUUUGUACAGGAAGGUACUGAUACCAUUCCCGAGUUAUUUGUUCCGAAGAAUAGAAUGGCAGGCGCUGAAGAGGAGGCAGCGUCUUUGCCUAGGCUGGAUAUAACGACAUUAGAUCUGCAGUGGUUGCAAGUUUUGAGUGAGGGAUGGGCGUACCCCCUAAAGGGCUUCAUGCGAGAGGAACAGCUCCUUCAGUGCCUCCAUUUCAACUGUUUAAUAAACGAGGGCAUUUUCAUCAGCCAGAGCAUUCCCAUCGUUCUAUCACUUACAAGCAUGGAUAAAGAUCGUUUACGUGACACGUCAGCUAUCGCCCUUCACCACAACAACACCUGCUACGCCAUCCUCAGAAAGCCCGAAUUUUAUUUCCACAGGAAAGAAGAGAGAGCUGCAAGGCAGUUUGGAACCACCAACAAAGACCACCCUUACAUUAAAAUUAUUUACGAGUCGAAUGACUGGCUCGUGGGAGGUGAACUAGAGGUUUUAAAACGUGUUCGUUGGAAUGACGGCCUCGACCAAUAUAGAUUAACUCCAAAUGAGCUCAGAAGUAGAUUUAAGCAAAUGGGUGCCGACGCAGUAUUCGCCUUCCAACUCAGGAACCCCAUCCACAACGGCCACGCUCUGUUGAUGACCGAUACCAAAAAACAGCUCCAAGAAAGAGGCUACCGCAAGCCUGUACUGUUGCUUCAUCCACUAGGGGGCUGGAUCAAAGACGACGACGUCCCGCUCCCAGUAAGAAUCCGUCAGCAUCAGGCGGUCUUAGACGAGGGUCUCCUAGACAGAUCGUCAACCGUCCUGGCCAUAUUUCCCAGCCCUAUGCAAUACGCGGGCCCGACGGAGGUUCAGUGGCAUGCCAAAGCUAGAAUGAACGCCGGUGCCAACUUUUACAUAGUCGGAAGGGACCCCGCCGGGGUCACUCACCCUGCAGGGAAAGAGGCGACACCCGACGGGAAUUUGUACGAUCCCAGCCACGGGGGUAGGGUACUGAAAAUGGCGCCUGGAUUAGAUACGCUGGAAAUUAUUCCGUUUCGAGUGGCGGCUUACGACAAGAGGAACAAAAAGAUGGAUUUCUUCGAUCCGUCCAGGAAGGAGGACUUUGACUUCAUUUCAGGGACCCGUAUGAGGGCUCUUGCCAGAAACGGCGACACUCCCCCUAACGGGUUCAUGGCAUCCAAGGCUUGGGAAGUUCUCUCGGGUUAUUACCAGGGGUCAAUUAAUAAGUAUUGAAAUUACCUAUCCGGUUAGGUAUUUUCUUGGAGAUGGAAAUUAUAGUUUAUUUUAUUUUAUUAUGGAGCACAAUUAAGUACUUAGACGUUUGCUUUAAUUUUGAAAUUAUUUAUAUCGCACUUUAUUCCACUUUUAUUUAAAAUGUUUGAAUACAUUUGUUUUUUUUUUUAA